AUGGAGGAAUUAUCUGCAGAACUGAAAACCUUUCUUCGGAUCCAUCCCUUCUUUGAACUGACACAGGACAGAAAGGUCAAAUGCACGCUGAAUGGCCACGAGUUCCCGUGUAGCGUUCCAGAGCUGCAGAAGUUUACUCAAGCAAAGAAAUACAAAUCUCUGUCUGCUGCAGCGGAUUUCAACUACAGCCAGUUCCAGCCACACAUUGUUCCCAGCACCAAGCAGCCAAACCAGCUCUUCUGUAAACUGACGCUGAGGCACCUGAACCGACAGCCACAUCACGUCUCCAAACAUGUCGACGGCAAACGCUUCAAAAAGGCUCUGGCUAAAUAUGAGGAUUGCCAGAAACGAGGGGUUGAAUUUGUUCCUGCUAGACUGAAGCAAAAGAGACCCAAAGACCUGGACCAGGAUGGCGGACCCGGGAACUCUUCAAAACAUGCAAAUGGAAUGUGGGAAAACACGUCCAGCGACGGCUCGGACUCCGAGGACAGCAUGAGCGACCUUUACCCAUCUUCUUUAUUCACGCUGAAAAAUUCUGCUGAACAAAAAGAAGAGGAGUGUGCGGAGGACGAUGACUUCCUGUCGGAGGAGGAAGUGGAGAUGGAGCUGGAGAAGCCGCUGGAGAAGCCGCUGGGGGCAAAGCGUAAAAAGACCCAGAACUCAGGCUUUCAAAAGAAGUUCAGGAACAACAACUGGAGAGCUCCUCGUUCAAAGAAACAGAAGAAAGUGCCACAAGUGAAAUAA